AUGAAAAUUGAGGAGAUUUCUCCAGAGGACAGAGUGAUCUCUGAAUGGGAAAGAAGACGGUAUAAACCCAAGCCAGGUGAGCCCGAGUUGCCUCCUCACCUUUCAGAUCUAGCACACAAGUCCACCGAUGAGGUUUUGAAGGAAAUCAACCGUUUACCAUUUUUCAUGACCGAAUUGGACGAGACAGACGGAGAGGGUGGACAAAAUGCUAGCUUGGAAGCUUUGAAAACUUUGGCAUAUGAUGGUGAGCCCCAUGAGGUGGCUACCAACUUCAAGAACCAAGGUAACGAGUGCUACAAAGCUAAGCAAUACAAAAAUGCUGUUCAGUACUACACUCAGGGACUUGAUGUGGAAUGCAAUGACGAUAAGGUCAAUAGUGCAUUGCUUGUCAACAGAGCUGCUUGCAAUCUUGAAUUGAAGAAUUACCGUAUGUGCAUCGAAGACUGCAAGAAGGUGCUUCUUAAGGAUGAGAACAAUAUUAAGGCAUGUUAUAGAGCAGGACGUGCAUUUUUUGCAGUCAACCGUUUCGAUGAAGCAAAGCAGGUGCUUCAAUACGGAUUGACUAAAGACCCUGAAAACCUUUCCAUGAAGGAUGUGUUGAAGAAGAUCGACGAGAAGGAGAACCAGAUCAAAGCUGCUAUUGAGCGUAAAGAGAAGGAAACACAGCUCAAGCAACAGCAGGAACUUGUUUUGGCUAGCGCCAUCACGCUAAGAAAAAUUGAAAUCAUUAAGUCAUCUAGACCUGCUGAGCUUCUAGAAGAUACAAAGAUUCGUCUUGAGGACCCAUUAGAUUACGAGUCACAGCUUAUCAUUCCCGCCAUGAUCCUCUAUCCCACAACCGAUGAAUUUGACUUUGUCGCCGAAGUCGGAGAACUCUCGACGCCUGCGGAGGUUUUGGAGAUUGUCUUGCAAAGACCUCAGGAAUGGUUCGAGGACCCUGGACAUAAAAAUUUCACUCUCAAGAGCUUGGAGUGCUACAUGGAGACAGUUAGUGGAGGUUUGGUCAAGGUAGGUAAAAAAGCGCCAGUUAAUAAGGCAUUGAUGGCAGAGCAAGCGAAGGCUCCGCUUUUCGACAAUGGCUUGAGGCUCUACGUUGUGCCAAAGCAAGAAUCAGCAGUCUGGUUGGGCAAUUGGAACAGGGAGGUUGCAUUGGCUAAGCGCCAAAUGUGA